UCUGCAGAAAACGAAAUCUGAAAACGUACUCCCUAUGCUUAAUAGCGAGUAAGCAACCGACCUACCUGAUUUUCUCUUCCUCACUCGGCGCUGGGCGGCACACCUAUUAGGAUAUCAACGCCCACAAUCGAAGGAAGAACUCAAUCACACCCAUUCAUUCGCCGAGGAUCUCUGUACAAAGACAGGAGGAACCAGCAACUGUUGACCUUUAGGACUACCGUACUGGAUGUGUUUGAUGUGAUAUUGUUUUGGGUGAAAAUAGAAGUGAUUGUUAUCUGAAUAUUUUUGUUGUAAGAAGUGAAGAACACAUGAUCAGGUUUUGCAAUGGGGUCUGCAAACAUGGAGAAGAAAUGGUUGUUUCCUCUCGUGAUCAGUGGACUCAUUUGUGUAUUCCUUCUUGCAACCUCGUUCAAUAUGGGCCUCGUUUCUUCGUUACACAAAAUCAAUUCAAUUUUCUCUCUCUUUCCAUCUCGGGUUGCGAUGAAUCAAACAAGCUCUUAUUUUGCUGAAGCAAAACUUAAGCGAUCUCAACUUCCUCCCAGUGGUCCUUCCAUUCCACGUUUUGCUUAUCUAAUAUCUGGUUCAAAAGGUGAUCUUGAGAAGCUUUGGAGGACAUUGCAAGCACUGUACCACCCACGGAACUACUAUGUUGUCCAUCUAGACCUAGAAUCCCCAGCGAUCGAGAGGCUAGAGCUUGCGUCCAGAGUAGAGAAAGACCCUAUUUUUACCCAGGUUGGGAAUGUUCACAUGAUUACCAAAGCAAAUAUGGUUACUUAUAGAGGGCCCACAAUGGUUGCUAAUACCCUUCAUGCGUGUGCCGUUCUUCUUAAGAGGCACUCGGAUUGGGAUUGGUUUAUCAACCUCAGUGCUUCAGACUAUCCCCUUGUAACUCAAGAUGAUCUUCUUCACACAUUUUCUGAUGUGAAGCGAGAGUUAAACUUCAUUGAGCAUACAAGCCAUCUCGGCUGGAAAGAGAGUCAGCGGGCAAUGCCUUUGAUUAUAGACCCUGGCCUCUUUCAGAACACAAAAUCAGAUAUAUUCCCGGUCACACCAAAGAGAGAUUUACCCACUGCAUUUAGACUCUUUACAGGUUCAGCCUGGAUGAUCCUCUCAAGGGCAUUUGUGGAGUACUGCAUAUGGGGCUGGGAUAAUCUUCCAAGGACACUACUCAUGUACUACACAAACUUUGUCUCCUCUCCAGAAGGAUACUUUCAGACUGUGGUAUGCAAUGCCCCGGAAUUUGUGCCAACCGUUGUCAACAGUGACAUGCACUACAUAUCUUGGGACAUUCCGCCCAAGCAGCACCCACACACCCUAACGCUGAAUGAUACCGGGAAGAUGGUUGAAAGCUGUGCUGCCUUUGCACGAAAAUUCAAACACAACGACCCUGUAUUGGAUAAGAUUGAUGAUGUAUUGCUUCACAGGCGAAAUGGUAGCUUCACCCCGGGUGGUUGGUGUGGCGGUAACCCUCCUUGCUCCAAGGUUGGAAAUCCCACUGAGCUUAAACCAGGUGCUGGCGCUAAAAGGCUUCAACGUCUUUUAGGUAAACUAAUUUCAUCAUCAGCAAAUAUUAAUCAACCUCAAUGUAAUUAGAAUUAUAGUGAACUAUUCUUUCUGGUUGAGAGUGAACUGAAAAAAAAAUGAUGGGACUAGAAAGUAUGUGAAAAUAAGGUUGGGUAUAGAUAUGGCAAUUUUUACGCAUGACACUUUAGAAGAAAUUUUGCUGCUAUCUCACCAGACAUGCCCCAAUAUUU